AUGCAGCAGGUAAGGGGACACCUCCGUGGUGAGGAUGCCAAAUGAAUAGAACUGCAUCAUUUGGAGGCAGGAGGUCUGGUACCACUGAAUGGUCCAUGCCCAAUUGCCCAGGAAGGAAGGAAGCUGGUAGAGGGAAGCCACUAGAGGCAGCUUCAGCAAACACACUCUCUAACACGGAGCUGUUCAUAGAUUUUGCUUUCCUUGUGUUAUAGGCAUUUUUUUCUUAUAACACUUGGCACUGAUGGGAAACUUAUUUGCAUGAGUGCCUUUCAUUUCCCUUUCAGGGGCAAAUGGCGAGUAUUGACUUGGGAACUCAGAUGGGAGUACCAAGUUUUUUCAUUUCAGCUUGUGUGAGAUUCCUAAUUUUCCUACCAUUGAGCAGAAGAUAUACAGUGGUGCCCCGCAAGACGAAUGCCUUGCAAGACGGAAAACCCGCUAGAUGAAAGGGUUUUCCGUUUUUGAGUUGCUUCGCAGGACGAAUUUCCCUAUGGGCUUGCUUCGCAAGACGAAAAUGUCUUGCAAGUCUUGAGAUUUUUUUUUCGCUUCCCCCCCUUUAUCUAAUCUGCUAAGCCUUUAAUAGCCUUUAAUAGCCUUUUAGCAGCUAAUCCGCUAAGCCUUUAAGCCUUUAAUAGCCGCUAAACCGCUAAUAGCGCUAAUCCGUUAAGCCGCUAAUAGGGUUGCUUCGCAAGACGAAAAAACCGCUAGACGAAGACUCUCGCGGAACGGAUUAAUUUCGUCUUGCGAGGCACCACUGUAUCCUCAUGCAAGCUGAUUUCGGGCCACACUCCAUUCAAAUUCUGGACCACCAAAACAACUCUCUUGGCCUAGCAGCAGCUUCUAAGCCAGGGCUGUGCAUCUUUUCAUACCAAGUGGGCCGCAAGAGUACUUUGACACACAAUUUGUGGGCCCCACACUGAAUUAAAUUUCCACAUCGUAAAUUAAAGUGUAUGUAGUAUAUUUCAUAUUAUUGAAUAUACGCAAUUAAUACAAUUAAUUAAAUAUAUGUGAUUAAAUACACAAUAUAUUUAACUAUUAAACAAAUUUAAUACACAAACAGAUGUAUACGCCAUCGUUAACAAAAAAGGCCGUGGGUUGGACUACCCUGUUCUAAGCAGUAUUUAAGGGCAGCCCAAUACAAUGCAUGGAAUCGUAGUCUAGAUAAAAAGUGCUAAAGCCACAAAUGCUUCUUACCGGAUCUGUUGAUGGUGUUUCUCAGUUCGCCAUCCCCCACAAGGAUCUUUCAUGUACAAGCAAGAAAGAAGCGGAGAGGGGUGAGUGCUGUGUGAUCUAAAACCUGAUUUAUUUUUAUUCUUUUUUUAGAAUGGUUUUUAUUUGCAAAAUAACUUGCAUUCCUUUUCAUUAGCCCUCACAGCAACCAGUGGGGUAGGCUGCUAUCAUUUAGAUUUUACAAUGAGGAAAUUGGCUGAAAUAUAAUGACUUUCUAAAAAAACCUCCCAGGAGUCCACAUAUGGAGAAGGGGCAAUUCAAACUGAGGUCCCAAGACCAUCCACUGUUUGAUCAGAAUUGCCAGACCUCAGUAUCUGUUUAUGGUCCUCCAUCCCCAGGACUUUGCUGGAGUGGGGGAGUGAAUUGCUGCCUCGGAGCUCUCUACAUGGCCAGGCACCCUUUUCAGGCUCCCCUCCCACAUCUUUGGAAUGCCCUCUCUUGAGAACUUCAACUGGCUUCCUCACUUCAGGGUUUUAAGUGGGCCCUAAGGACGAUUGGCCAGAGUGAUCUGAUGCUGGCGUUUAUUGUGCUGCUGUUCUACUAAUUAAUUAUGUGGCUGUACUGAAUUGUUUCUACAUUUCUGACUGUCUUGGAAUGGUUUGCCUUCAAAAGUGGCUUGCAAAUAGUUGGGUGGUUACUCACAAAGUUCUUCUGAGAUUAAACAUUAAACAGAGUGGAUAAAGAUUGAUGAUUUAUUGAUUUUUAAUUGUAAAACAUUUUUAUAUUUUAAAGUGUUUGUAUAUUUUUUUUUUUGAGUUUCAGCAACAGUGAAUUUCUCUUUUUAAAAAUGAUGUAAUUUUAAAAUGAAUUCUGAACUUAAUGUAGACAUCAAAACUUAAGGCCUACUUAAUGUCUACUGAAAAGUAAGUCCUCUGGACUUCCGUGAGGCUUACUCCUGGGUUAGUGUCCAGAGGGUUGCAGCCUCUUCAAUGAAGUGCAUGGUGCAAAUGAAUGAUGCAGAGUUGUCCUUUUCCAUGAUGCCCUUACAGAUAAUCGAGAAAUGGCGCAGGGACCGCAUUAACAGCAGCCUAUCUGAACUACGGCGUUUGGUUCCCACUGCCUUUGAGAAGCAGGUAAGUGCAUCUCCCUGUCAAAUUCCUGUCCCCCCCCCUCCAAGUUCUGACAUCAGUCUCCUCCAGAAUACAUUCAUUCUGAUUUGCUUGCACACAGCUUAUGUGGAGGUUAGACUGUGUCCGGUCUUCACUGAGCAUUUGUUCUGAUUGGUUUGCAGGGAGGUUAUACAACAAUGAGCAUUCAUGCUGCUUUCAUUCUGAUUUGCUUGUGUGGUGGUUAUACAUCUUCCCAUUAAAGAAUUGUCCACCGUACACUUUGCAGUGCAUUUCCCCAUCGCUUUUGGUAUGGUCACAUUAGUGGCUUAAGUUGUCCCCCUCCUGCUGUAGUUCAAACUGCAUUGGCAUGACAUUGUGUACUUCAGAGGGGGGGGAUGUCUUCAACCCAAUGUGCACGACCUUUUUGGUUGCAUUCAUUAAGCUUUCAUCUGUGUAUGGAUGUUCAAUCCAUUCAUAGGCAAUGGCAGUCUCAAAUAUCCACACCAUUCCAACGUACAAAGUGAUGAUAAUGUACGUUUUCCUAUUGCAUCGAAGCUGCUCUGAGAGAGAAAAAAACACAUCGAACAGUGGUAUUUGUCGAUAAAUGUUUCUUAUGGAUUCUGGCUAAUGUUGUGGGAAUGUGGUUUCAAAGCUUAGCAGUGGGAGCCCAAGGGAUAUGGGCAGAGUAUGGGGGUGCCAAGUUGAAUAAAAUAUUGAGGAGGCCCAGUUAAGUCCCAACACACAUAAUUGAUCACAAUACAUGGUGCACGCACACUAUUUGAAUGGCAAUGCCCAUCAAUUUGAAGGGAGGGGUCAAAUAUUUUAGUGGGGGUGGGCUGAAGGGACCUCAGUCCCUUGGAGUUGGCUCUUAUGGCAGAGUAAGUGGCAGUGUAAACAUAACUAUUAGUAUUCCCGAAAAGCAGUAAGUCCUCUUUUUAGAAAAAAGGAAAAAAGCAAAGUGGAUAGCCAUUGUGGUGUAGUGGUUAGAAUGGUUAGACUAGGACCUUGGAGAGACCUGGAUUCAAAUCCCCACUUGGCCAUCAUGACGCUCACUGGGUGAACGUGGGCCAGUAGCCUAACCUUACAGGAUUCAUGUGAGGAUAAAAUAGAGAGGGAGAGAGUCAAAAUUGCCACCUUGAGCUGCUUGGAGAACAAGGUGGAAUAUAAAUGCAUUACACACACACACACACACACACACACACACACACACACGUGUGUGUGUGUGUGUGUUGCACUAGGGCAGUGAUGGCCAAACUUGGCCCUCCAGCUUUUUUGGGACUACAACUCCAAUCAUCCCUAGCUAACAGGACCAGUGGUCAGGGAUGAUGGGAAUUGUAGUCCAACAGCUGCAGGGCCAAGUUUGGCCAUCACUGCACUAGGGCAAUGGCACACUUUAAUCCACUUAAGUUGUGCACCUCAUGCCAUGCCCCACUGCCGCCACUAUGUGGUUCCCUGACACUACCCUUAGAUUUUACUCAACUACCCUGGACCACCUGACCAGGCUUUCUGAUGGGUAUUUCUAUCAACUCCCUUUAUUUCUGCUGCCAUCACAGAUACCAGGUAUCUGAAUAUUUCUCACCUCUAGCGCUGCCCUGUAAAGAGACGUGUGUAUGAAGCUAUAAUUUAUUUUUUAAAGGAAUAAUCAAGGGCUCGGUAUAUACAAGUGUAUGUUCAGUUUUUGGUUACUUAGGCUCAUAUAAUACAAUAAGGAAGAACAAUGCUGACCCUCCUUUAUCAAACUAACCCAGCCAUCAUCCAGAUACCUCCACCUCUCAUACCAGCUAACAGCUGUAAACUCCCAGCUGCCAGGCACACAUUUUGGAACUCCCUUUCAAGCCCUUAUCCCAUCACCUCUCACUUCCAAUAUUCCAAGCAUGUUCUUUCCCCUCCCAACCAAACACAUCUACAGUGGUGCCUCGCAAGACGAAAUUAAUCCGUUCCGCGAGAGUCUUCGUCUAGCGGUUUUUUCGUCUUGCGAAGCAACCCUAUUAGCGGCUUAACGGAUUAGCGCUAUUAGCGGUUUAGCGGCUAUUAAAGGCUUAAAGGCUUAGCGGAUUAGCUGCUAAAAGGCUAUUAAAGGCUAUUAAAGGCUUAGCAGGUUAGAUAAAGGGGCGAAAAGCGAAAAAAAUCUCAAGACUUGCAAGACAUUUUCGUCUUGCGAAGCAAGCCCAUAGGGAAAUUCGUCCUGCGAAGCAACUCAAAAACGGAAAACCCUUUCGUCUAGCGGGUUUUCCGUCUUGCGAGGCAUUCGUCUUGCGGGGCACCACUGUACUAGUGCUCUGGAAGCAGCCACUAUCACACAUUACAAUCUGUGUUCAUAUAAUGGGAGUCCUCUUUUUUUCCAAUGAACAGGGCUCUUCCAAAAUGGAGAAAGCAAAGAUCUUGCAGAUGACAGUAGAUCACUUAAAAAUGCUUCAUGCCAUUGGAGACACAGGUAAAAAAAACAACGGACUCUGCUCAAGUCUUUGCCAUCCAUGUUAUGUUAUUGCCAUGCCAUGUAUGGAGGCCAGUCAGAUGCUGCUGCUGCAAUUAGCAGUGCCAUUAGGCAAAGCAGUGCAGCUGUCUCAGGUGGCAGAAGCUGGAGGGUGGUGGCAGCAAAAGCUCUCCUCCCUCUUGCCAUUCUGUCUAAACUUCUCCAGCGAUCUUUCGAUCAUAGGGUACAAGUAACUCCACAUGGGUAUAUCACAUACAUAAAAAAAGUAGGUAAAUCAUGUAAAAACCCAGAGGAUGCAUUGGGCCUCGUAGCAAAUAUCCAACUCCAGUUUUUGGGGCUUUGGGGUCCCCUGUCUUUGGCCCUGCAGGAAGAUGAGGCAAGCCGCAUAGUAGCAUGGAUUUUGUUCUGGCUACCUCCUGACAUAAAAAAAAAAGUUCCUUUAAAGCCAGUUCUGGGCAUGUCUGGGAAUACUUUGCUCCUUGACUGGGGUGUGUGGGGGUGUGUGCAUUUGCUGCUCUGCCUCAGGGGCCACAAAAUGUCUUCAGCCAACCAUAGAAAUUAGCAUGUAGAGCUAGGCUUUGUGUAAAUGGCUCCCCAGCACUAAUCUCACUCUAGUGUGGUCUGAGGUCAAACUAGACGUGACCCCAAUAAGCAAUUGCCUGAAUAGAUUUACAGAGUGUGUGUGGCAAAGGGUUAAAGUCCCCCUGCACCUCCAUCCUGCUGUAGCCAGAGUCCUGAUUGCAUUGGGAGACCUGCUGCUGCAUCUGCCUGGUCCUCUUUUUCAACAUUUAAUCAGAUAAUGGUUGCCAACUGCACAGAUGAUGCCACAUUGCGUUUGACUCUGCCAGUCCGUUUCAAGUGGCAUCUCCUGACAGAAAGUACCUUCAGGAGGCAACAUAUGUGCCUUAAACUCUCUUGCAAAGUGCAUUAGCCAGCCAGGAUUGCCUCCAAAUCCCAUUUCAGAGGGCAUCAAAGUCAUGUGUGUCCUGCUGAGGGAAGUAAUGGUGACGUAUCUGUUUUUAUUUUCAAAACACUAGAUGCUUGA